GCAAGCGGGAACACAUAGGGCAAUCAUAUGUAUUCCUCCCAAAACCUUCAAAUUCAAUCGCAGAUUGAUAUCGACCAGUGAGAUGGCGGGGACGGGGGGAAGAGGUGAAAAGCGAGCUCAUAUUAUCAUUUCUUCCUCGUCGUCCGGAUCAGAAGAAGCAGAAGAAGGCUCGGAAACGUCGGAGUCGGAAUACGAAUUUCACGGCGACGAUGUAGAUACUUCACGUGAGAGUGGUUCUGAAGACGACGGAAGUGAAUGGAGUGGGUCGGAUGAUGAACGGGACGAGUCUUCCGAGUCCGAGGAUUUCAAGGAGGAAGGUAGUGAUCACCAUUUCAACAGAGUUAUGCGUCUCCUUCGAGGAGGGGGUGAUCUACAGGAAUUGAAGUUAUCAGAGUGUAAAGCAUACCUGCGAAAACAUGGAUUAAGGUUAUCUGGGACUAAAGAAGAAUGCAUAGAGAGGAUAUUGGAGCACUGGAGGAUAAAAGAUGGAAAGGGUGAAACAUUCUAUCCCAGAUCAUCAUUCAACAUUGACUGCACUGGUGAUGUCUGCAAAGGGGAUGUUGUAUUAUUCACACAAAAAGUAUAUAAGAAUUUUGACAAGAUGACAAGGAGUGGAGAUGUUUUAGGGAAGAGAACUGUUGCUGGGAGAAUUGUUAAGGAAAGUUAUGGUGCUGCGAAACAACAACAUACUUUUACUGUUGAAGUGUUGUGGAGCCAAGGUGCUAAGAAGUUAACUCCUCUUUUCCCUUUGCUUGUUAAGGGUCGGAAUCUCUAUAAACUGAAGACUUUCAGACAACGAUGGAAAAAUGAGAAUGAAAGAUUAGGAGUACUUGCAGAGAAGCAUAGACGAGGAGCAGCUGCUAGAUUGGUUAGAGAAACUAGAAGGAGUAGAUCAGUGAAGAGAAAGCAAUCCUUUACAGAUACAGGUGGUGUCAAAAAGCAAAAGUGCGAUCACACAAGGCCAUCCCAAGUGAAGCAAUCCAUGAAAGGUCGUAAACCAGAGAAAGAGAAUCACAUCCAUAACCGUGGAAGCAACAAAAGUUCAACCUAUCACCAUGGAAAGCUGCCUCAGACUGGAAAACAGAAGAUGAACCAGGGAAGAAAUAUCAAAGCCACCUCAUCUCAUCAAAGACCCCCCAAUUAUGCAAGUGCUAAUCAAUUUAGAGAGAGCUCAUUUCAUCCGUUUGCCUUUCAAUCUGAUAUGUACCGCCAGAGCACAUUUGUUCCACCUCAGAAUUAUCACCAAUUUCAAUCUCAGACUUACAACCAGAGAAUCCCACACCCUUAUUCUUAUGAUAGGGCAUCUGCAUCUCACCAAUUUCAAUCUGAGACUUACGACCGGAGAAUCCCACACCCUUAUUCUUAUGAUAGGGCAUCUGCAUCUACAAUGAAUAUGCCACGUGGAAGCUCUUCAUCUUCUGCAAUGGCUAAGCAAAAGCAGCAUAAGUAUGGCCAUAGAAAUUAAUCACUCCCUUAGCUAUGUACAUAAGACCAGUUAGCCUGUGCACCCUACUGGGAUGAUGAACAUCCAAGAUCAAAGUGUUGAUUCACAUUCGUUUUGGUUUAUAUCCUAAAUCACCGACCUUUUAUU